AGACAAGGGGAGCAGCCUGCAGUCUCUUCUCCUAGUUGCAACUUUUGUGUGGAGUGUGUGCGCCUGGCUGUCACACUUGCAAACUCCUGCUUGGGGGAAGAGGAUCUAGCUGGACGUUUUGGUGGCAGAUUUUGGAUGAUUUGGAAAGGGAUCUGGGGAUCUGGGACAAUCAAGGUAAUAUUGUGACAUAGGAUCACUUUCAUUGCAUAGAGGGAUGCGGUCAGGUCAGUCUGUAGGGCUGCAGGGGAUCUGAUUUGGGAAACUUGGAAAGCUGUCUUGAUGGGGACAUUUGUUUCUGAUGUUCCUAAUUCUUUAUUUAUAGAAUAGAGAGAGCAAUUAGGAUCCCCUUAUUACUUCUUGUAUGUUUGGUAUAUAUAGUAAUUGCUGUGCAUUGCUAGUCCUUCAGGUAUUGGGCAAUCGGAAAGUAUUAUACCACUGGGGUGUUUAUCUGUAAGGGGGGAUAGCUUUAUGAUUUUAUUGGCUCCUAUAGAAUCUAUAGGUGUCAGGUUUUCUAUAUAGAAGGUUAGUAGAGGUGUCGGGUAUUGGGCAAUUAGAAGGUAUAACACUGGGGUCUAUAUCUAUAGAUAGCUGUAUGAUUGUAUUGGCUCCUAUAGAAUCUAUAGGUGUCAGGUUGUUGGGCAGUCAGAAAGUACUGGGUGUAUAUCUAUAGGGAGGGGAUAGCUGUAUGACUUUGUUGGUCAGGUUUUGGACAUAGUGGUCAGGUUGGUGUAGGUGCCUAUAGGUGCAUUUGGACAUAGUGGUCAGGUUGGUGUAGGUGCCUAUAGGUGCAUUUGGACAUAUAGAAUCUAGUGGUCAGGUUGGUGCCUAUAGGUGAAUGAGGGUGUAGCUACACAUUGGGAUUGAGGAUUACCCAUCUAUAAAGUACUGCGGGGACAAAGAUGGAGUUAAGCGGGGCCCCUUCUGUAUCCCAGGUCCCCCAGACUGCCACUUCCACUUCUCUGCCUGUCACCAUGACCGGAACGUUGCUCCGGGGCCCACAACUGCUCCUGCGGGCUACCGAGAAAUACCCCCGCACCCCGAAGUGCGCCCGGUGCAGGAAUCACGGGGUGGUGUCGGCUCUCAAGGGCCACAAGCGCUACUGUCGCUGGAAAGACUGCAUGUGCGCCAAGUGCACGCUGAUCGCGGAGCGCCAGAGGGUCAUGGCCGCGCAAGUUGCGCUCCGGCGGCAGCAGGCUCAGGAGGAGAACGAAGCCCGGGAGCUGCAGCUGCUCUAUGGAACCGCCGAGGGGUUAGCGCUGGCCGCGGCCAAUGGGAUCAUCCCACCCAGGCCCGCCUAUGAGGUCUACACUUCGGUGUGCCAGGAAGGAGGCUCAGAUCUAUUUCAGUAUCGUGGAAAUAUUAACAAAAAUAUACAAUUACUUUUAGAAACCAAGAUCCAGAAGUUUGACCUUUUCCCCAAGGGACUCAUCCCCAGGUCAAUCACCCCUCAACAGCUGCCCCCCGGGGUCAAACCGGUGACCCCUGACAGUGAAUCGGUGACUGGAAGCACCCAAGGGGCCUCAUCCCCUGAAGUCAGACAUGGUUCUGGAUCAGAAAACGGGGACGGUGAGUCCUUCCUCAGCUCCCCCAUGUCCAAAACCCUAAAAGAAGGAGAGGACAGCCCUGGCUCCAUUAGCCCACUGGGCUCUGAUUCUGGUUCUGAUGGCGAGAAGGACGAGCAGGACCCCAGUUCUUCCUCCUCAUCCAGGCAGAGGACCCCCAUAGACAUCCUGACCAGGGUCUUCCCCACUCAGAAGAGAAGCGUUCUGGAGCUGGUUCUACAAGGCUGUGGGGGAGAUGUGGUCCAGGCCAUCGAGCAGAUCCUCAACAACCGGGGUCAGGAGAAGGGCGAGGACACUUGGUCUAGAGAAGCGGCUCUUCAAAGUCUCCAGCCUUCAGUGUCCACCAGCCACCGACCACUCAUAGCUGGAGCCAUCACCCCAGCCAUCGGGACCCUAGGGAGCAGGUCCGCCUUUUCCCCUCUGCAGCCCAAUGGUGCCCACUUUGGGACAGACACCAACACCUACCAGCUAGGUGGGCACCUCGGACUCAACCCAUUAAGAUUGGCCUAUUCUGCCCACAGCAGAGGACUUGCCUUCAUGGCUCCUUACUCAACAGCUGGCUUCAUGCCCACCCUUGGCUUCCGCCCACCUAUGGACUAUGCCUUUAGUGACCUGAUGAGGGACCGGGCAAAUGUGCACAAGGACCAGGUUUACACAAACGGUCUGUAUGGGUCUGUAGUCAAUAACACCACCGAGAAACAAUGAACUGAGCUCAGCCUGAGGACUUUGGUUGGGUAGAGCACCCUGAGACUCUGAAGGUCCCCUAAGUCCUGGUGACUAGUGCCUGGUGUCAAUGACCUCAUAGGGACU